AUGAAAGCUUUAUUAGUGAUUGAUGUACAGAAUGAUUUUGCCAGGAAAGAUGGCAAACUGUAUGUGAACAAGGGUGAGGAAAUAGUCGAGCCUAUAGUUGAUUUAAUUGAAGACAAAGCUGGCAAGUACAAGUGGGACCUCGUAGUUUUGACUCGUGAUUGGCACCCAGCGGACCACAUAUCCUUUGCGAAGAACCAUAACCUACCAGACUUCUCUAGUUACAAGUACUGCGAUCCACGAAACAGAACCGUCACCCAGGAAUCCACCCUGUGGCCAGUCCAUUGUGUUCAAAAUACAUGGGGCGGCCAACUGGUGGAUCCACUAAACAAAAUAGCUGCGAAGGCCAUAGAGAGGGAACAACAAAAGAAAGAGGGUGUUGAUGUUGAUGUUGUUGUUGUUGACAAAGGAUACUUGAAGGACAGAGAAUAUUAUUCCGCAUUCAACGACAUCUGGGACGACCAUAAGACGGAAUUGGACGGCUUGCUGCGGAAACAAGGGAUCGAGGAGGUUUUUGUUGUCGGCUUGGCGUUAGACUACUGUGUCAAGAAUAGUGCGGUUUCGUCUGCCCGACUCGGCUACAAGACAACAAUCCUGACGGAUUUCACAAGGGCCAUAGCCACAGAUCACGUGGCAACAGAGACGUUGCGCAGGGAACUCGAUGAUUGCAACGUGCGUGUAGAGAAUCUGUAA